GUGACUGCACGCCAGUCCCGCCCCCUUUUCAGUAUAUACAUUCCAGCCUCACUGAAUCACCGCUGGUGGGAAGGGAAGCUCUGCACACACAGGCAAGCAAAGACUAGCACACACUGCUGAAUGACAGUAGAGGAGAUUCACAGAGAGAAAGUGGCCAUGGACCUGAUUCCAAGCUUUUCCAUGGAAACCUGGCUUCUCCUGGCUACCAGCCUGGUGCUGUUCUAUCUAUAUGGGACCUACACACAUGGACUUUUUAAGAAGCUGGGAAUUCCUGGGCCAACACCUCUGCCUUUUUUGGGAAAUAUUCUGGACUACCAUAAGGGCUUUUGGAAUAUUGACAAGGCAUAUUUUAAGAAAUAUGGAAGAUUUUGGGGGUUUUAUGAUGGGCGACAGCCUGUGUUGGCUAUCAUGGAUCCGGACAUGAUCAAAACAGUACUAGUGAAAGAAUGUUAUUCUGUCUUCACAAACCGGCGGUUUCUUGGUCCAGUGGGAUUUAUGAAAAAUUCCAUUGCUCUGUCUGAGGAUGAAGAAUGGAAGAGAAUACGAACAUUGCUGUCUCCAGCCUUCACCAGUGGAAAGAUGAAAGAGAUGUUCUCCAUCAUUGGCCAGUAUGGAGAUGUGUUGGUGAGGAACCUGAGGAAGGAGGCAGAGAAAGGCAAACCUAUCAACUUGAAAGAACCAAAAUACAUUCUUGAGAAGAAGAAACAGAAUUGUACCAAAGUUUUUGAGGGUAGAAUGUACGCAAUGAGCAAAUUAUUAUUGCUCCAAGUAAAUUUUGCAUUUUCACUGUGCUUUCCAUUGUUCUUUUUCCUUACAGUACUCUUUCCAUUCCUUACCCCAGUUUUUGAAAUACUAAAUAUCUGUGUGUUUCCGAAGAGUGUUACUGAUUUUUUCACAAAAUCUGUAAAAAGGAUGACGGAAUGUCGCCUCAAAGAUGAGCAAAAGCACCGAUUGGAUUUUCUCCAACUGAUGAUUAACUCCCAGAAUUCUAAAGAAACAGACACCCAUAAAGCUCUGUCUGAUCUGGAGCUCGUGGCCCAAUCUAUGACCUUUCUUUUUGCUGGCUACGAGCCCACUAGCACUGCUCUUUCCUUCUUUGCAUAUGCAUUGGCCACUCACCCUGAUGUCCAGCAGAAACUGCAGGAGGAGAUUGAUGCGACUUUCCCCAAUCAGGCCCUGCCCACUUACAAUGACCUUGUACAGAUGGAGUAUCUGGACAUGGUGUUGAAUGAAAGUCUCAGAUUAUACCCAGUCACUGGUAGACUUGAGAGGAUAUGUAAGAAAGAUGUGGAAAUCAGUGGUGUGUUCAUUCCCAAAGGGACAGUGGUGAUGGUGCCGGUCUUUACUCUUCACCGAGACCUGGAUCUCUGGCCAGAGCCUGAGGAGUUCCGUCCUGAAAGGUUCAGUAAGAAGAACAAGGACAGCAUAAAUCCUUAUAUAUACCUACCUUUUGGAACUGGACCCCGAAACUGCAUUGGAAUGAGGUUUGCGAUCAUGAACAUGAAACUUGCCCUGGUCAGAGUCCUGCAGAACUUCUCCUUCAAACCUUGUAAAGAAACACAGAUCCACCUGAGAAUGAGCACUCAAGGGAUUAUUAAAACAGAAAAACCCAUUAUUCUCAAGGUUGAGCCAAGAGAUGGGAGUGUGGACAGAGCCUGACUUUCUCUAAGGACUUCCCCUUUGUUCUUUAAGAAGCUGUGUCCCAGAUCACCAGAGACCUCAAUUUUCUUUGUGAGUAAAACCCAGAAAUGAAGAUGGCCUUCAUGUACUGCCCAUGAUGGAUGACUAGGGAUUCUGUACAUUCAUUUAGCUUUCCCAGUGUCUGUGUGGAGCCUUAUAGAUUGUGGAGAGUAAAGGAGGUGGUAAUAAUUGCCGGAGAUGUAGACUCAGCCUGUCUGGUUCACACAGACUACCCCCAGUUAGUACCAACUACUCCCCUGAGCACCGAUCAAGAAUAAAACUUUCUCAACAAUUUUAUCAACAAACUUUAAUGAAAACAAGAAUUAGUGUCAUGACUGUGCUAGUGACAUUUAUAUCAUAUGUCUUAUUUUGAAUAUUUUACAUUAAAUAUACACUGAGCCAGUCAAUCAACACCUCUUUACAAAAGUAUUAACUGAUGGUUUUGUGCACAUUAAGGGGGAAUCCGUAGAACUGAUGAGUGAGAGCCAGCGACUGAAUGUUUUGACCAUCACAGUCACUGGGUGGCUGGAGCUUGUUCAGAACUCCAAUGUGAUGUUAAGAUAGGUGAGAGUUAAUCCACUGUGACUUUGCCCAUUGCUCAGAAAGUAUAUUCAGAAUUUAACUCUACAGGUUUUGGAGCACAUGUUUUUUAUAACUCGACCGAGGCACUUAGUAUUAUAUGAUUAGUUUUGAUUUAAAGUUUUCAUCUCAUCUGCCCGGCUGUUCCGGGAGGCAGGGAACGUACUUUCUCUUUGUGUUCCAGCCUCAGCUCCCAACUGUCCCGACACAAUGAACAUGGAAUCAGAGGUGGUUGAUUGGACAGCAAGGCUAAAAGCAUUUGUCCAUUUCAGUUGGUAUCAGAAGCUGCACAGGAUUCUUCCUUUUCCUUCCCCUCCCCACUCCUUCUUUCCCUUCUCCUCUCUUCUCUUCCUUCGCCUUCCUUCCUGGAUAAUUCAGUCCUAAAGCCAUAGGUGGGGCACAGCCAGGUGGGCAGCCCCACAUUGAGGGGCAGGGGCAGAGAAGGAGUCACAGUGACUCCAAGUUAGAAACUGAGUAGGGUGGGGAGGGUGUCCACGUGGAAGAGCAGCCAGGCAUGGGUGUGGGAGCCCAAGCUAGGUGAGAAAGAUGUCCACACAGAGGGGUGGUCUGGCGAGAGUCCACAAUAGGACAGGGUAAAAUCUCAACAUCACCUCUGGAAUAUUCUUACCAGGGAGGCAAACCUUCAAGAAAUCCUCAAAAAAUCAGACAAAACCAAAUAAAGGAAUAUCUACUCCUAAUCUGUAACUGGUGUGUCAUCUUCAAUAAAGUCAAGGUCCUGAAAGUGAUUAAAAAAAAAAAAGAAAAAACAAGCCCAGAUUGGAGCCAUUUGCCCCCCAACCCCACCUCACAGCAAACUAAGACUAAUCACAGUUUCAACUUAUCCCAGGAAGGUGACCUUUUAACAGUCCAUCUGAAAUUUCCUGAUGGGCACUAGUGAAUCAUCUUCAGGAUAGAAACCCUGCAAGUCCAUCCCCCAGAAUGAAGGUGUCCUGGCCUGAAGCAAUGCUUUCUUUUCCCUCUGUGCUCUUUCUGCCCCACCCUCCUCCCUAGAAAACCCUGCAUUUUGUACACCUCCUGGGAGCAUCUGUCUACUUGCCAGGUGUGAUGGUGCUGAUUCAUUAAUCCCUUAAU